GCCCAACGUGCACUCGGAGGCCACGCCCCCUCCCCCUUUGCAAACAACAUGAAGGCUUGCAAAAACUUGUGCCACUGACCUGGUUCUGAAGAGUAUAAAUGUGCGUGUCCGCGUAGGACACAAUAGUCACACUUCGAGGGAAUCUAGCUGCGUCAUGACGAGGAACUAACCAACUCGACGCCCAGCUUUAAGAAGUGCCAAAUGUCCAGCCUGGAGGAGCCCUGCUGGAGCUGCUCCUGUGCGCCGAGCGUGGAGAGCAAACACUCGCCGUCCUCCUCCGGCUGGUUGGCGUCCAAAGGCGGGGAGAUGAUGUCGGUCAUCGCCUCGGUGCUGAGCAGCGCCCACGGCUCCCUGCAGCGGGACCGGACGUUCAACCUUAUCCGGCGGGGGCUGGUGCUCUUCACCGUGGGGGUGCUGCUCGCCCUGGUGCUCAACUUGCUGCAGAUCCAGAGAAACGUGACGCUGUUCCCGGAGGAAGUCAUGACGACGCUCUUCUCGUCCGCCUGGUGGAUCCCGCCGUGCUGCGGCACAGGGGCGGCUGUGGUGGGCCUGCUGUACCCGUGUCUGGACAGCCACUUGGGAGAGCCUCACAAGUUCAAGCGGGAGUGGGCGAGCGUCAUGAGGUGCAUCGCCGUCUUUGUGGGCAUCAACCACGCCAGUGUCGUAUCCUUCCAUGCCGACUCAUUUAUUCCGUCCUCGCCUUUUGAAAUAUUUGCUUUUGACCUUAACUGGACGCAACAACAGAAACUGGACUUUGACAACAACGUGCAGCUGUCGCUUACUUUGGCCGCCUUGUCGCUGGGCCUGUGGUGGACCUUCGACCGCUCCCGCAGCGGCUUUGGUCUGGGCGUGACCACCGCCUUCCUGGCCACCGUCUUCACUCAGCUCCUGGUCUACAACGGCGUCUACCAGUACACGUCUCCGGACUUCUUAUAUGUGCGCUCCUGGCUGCCCUGUAUAUUCUUCUCCGGCGGCGUGACUGUGGGGAACAUCGGGCGCCAACUCGCCAUGGGUUGUGCGGAAAAGCCGCACGCCGACUGAACCGAGCGGACAAGAUGGCGCACGGGCGACGUGGGAAAGAAGAGAACUUUAAAGUGUGUUUGGUGAUGCCAGGUGACCGCCUGCCCGUCACACACGAGGACAGCGCCACCUUUUGCCUUUUUUGGACUUCAGAAGCUGCUUCUCACUUUCACUUGACUUCAUCUUCCACCGUCUCAACUCUUAAAGGGAAAUAUUGAGGGGAGUGCGAGGCCCCGCCCCCCUCAAAACCAAAUCGAGUAUUUGUAUCGCAUUCUUAAGGCGGAGAAAGAAGACCUACGGGUAUGUCAGUGCCAAUCAGAAGCAUCACAGAGUGGUUCGGGCUAAUUAGAAAGAAGUAGUGCACCACAAGUGUUUCAUUGUCUACCAGGCGUUCGAUUCCCGUCUCUGCCUGAUCACUUCUAAAAGACAGACUUGAAGACGUACUUUGCUAGUAUUGCAGCCCAGGAAUUAGUCAGGAGAACUGGUGUGCGGGCAGCGGAAGCCCAGACUUUAGUCAGCAUCCAAAGAGAGUCCCGGAUAGGUCAAAGUGGGUUUGUGGGCGUGUCCUACCUUUGCAAUCUGUGAUUGCUGCGUAUUGUAGAUUGUAGAUCUUGGGCCACGGAAGGUAAGGUGCUCCUCGGUGCUCCUCGGGUCAGCGGGUGAAGUUUCGCUGCAAUCUUAUUUAUUAUCAUUUCUGUCACAAACGACGGUGUCAAAGAACAUUUAUUAGCAUCUCGGAAGGAAAAGUCUUUUAUUUUUCCAAGCUUGCUGCUGAGGAAAGCUUUACCUUUUUUUUUUUUUUUUUUUUCUUGAAAGGGGAUGAAGUACCUUCUUCAACUGUCUUGACCUCUUUUUGACAAAUAAAAACAUGGACAGGA